ACGCUCAUUCUGACUUCUGUGACGGUUUUCUACGUAGAUUACAGAUGCACCGCAGAUCGUACAUUUUGAUCUAGUUUAUUUGCCGUAGUUGGCGAUCAAAGAUGGUCGACGUGGUGCACAUGCGCACCGCAGAUCGUGCAGGUGCCUGUUACAGGACGCUAGCUUGUUUAGUCGGGUGUUGGUCUUGGAAUUCCCCACAAACUUCACAAAUGGAGAAAACCUUUAGUGAGUGGAAGAAACGGUGUCUGAACAAAGUUGACCUGAGUAAAAAGGGUAAUGUGGAUGAAGAUAUUGUGCACUUAGUGCAUUUGCUCAAUAGCUACGAGGAGUAUUUCACUACAAGUUCCUGCUCCGGACGAAUUACAGUAAUUGACACGGCUCCCGAAAGCUGUGUUGUGCAGAAGAAAAACCUUGUCUGGCUGUUUGUUUCACAUACGAAAUGCACAUUUGAUGACGUGAUGUCUGCUCUGGUCAGCGCUUGUGGAAAUGCUGUGCUGAAGUUUGAGCCAUUUGUGCUCCAUGUUCAGUGUAGGACACUGGGGGAUGCACAGUUAAUGCUUUCAGCAGCUGUCCAGUCUGGCUUCAGAAACUCCGGUCUCACUUUUAGCAAGGCCGGGAAGAUCAUUAUGGUACUGUAAUGUUUUUCUUAAAUAAAUCACACAAAUGGUUGUAUUACACUACACAGAAAAGGUGACAAUAUAGUUAGCUUGUAACUAUACAGUAUUGAAAACAAAAUCACAUUACUCUUGAUACACGAACCUGUGUUGCCUAUGUAAUGGCAGAACCGUGAUACGCCCCUUCCAACUCGCAGAAUGUAUAUGUAUAUAUGUGUGUAUAUAUGUAUAUGUAUAUGUAUAUAUGUAUGCAUGUAUAUAUGUAUGUGUGUAUAUGUAUGUAUGUGUAAUGUGUGUAUAUAUGUAUAUAUACGUGUGUGUGUGUGUAUAUGUGUGUGUGUAUAUAUGUACAUGUGUGUGUGUAUAUUUGUGUGUAUGUAUAUGUAUAUAUGUAUGCAUGUGUAUAUGUAUGUGUGUAUAUGUAUGUGUAAUAAUGUGUGUAUAUAUGUAUAUAUACGUGUGUAUAUAUGUGUGUGUGUAUAUAUGUACGUGUGUGUGUGUAUAUUUGUGUGUAUGUAU